AUGCCCCAGGACGCGCUCCAGGAACUGCUCCAAGAAGUGAGCAGCGAAUGGACUACCCCUCAGGAUCGGUUUCUAGGAGAGCCGCAGUUCUGGAUAUAUUAUUCGUCUGGUCCUGGCGUGACUGUCAAAGGAUGGCCCUCCCAAGGCGGAAUCUAUACGCUUGAUGUCUCUAGCCGAGUGGAGAUAGAGUUCCUGGAAUUGGACCCAUUCAACAAUACAAGGCGUCCAACAAAUUCCGAUCCCAACUGGCAACAAAAGGAGAAUGCACAUUGCGAUCGUAUGCGAUAUCUUAGCCCGACUUGGUGGCCAACCGAAUUAGCAUGGCUUGAAAGUGGAAUGUCCGGCAUGCUUGAUGAAAGGUCUAACAAUUAUGUUCGGGUCGGUUGGACUUCGGAUGGUGGGGCGUGGGUUUGGAAGACAACAAAAGAGGGCGCUAGUAAGAAAGGUGGAGCAAUGCUACAAAAUGCCCGUACCAUGGAGGAGCGUUGCUUAGUGAUUGAAAGGCUAGGAGGAACUUUCUACGCCAACCCGAAAUAUUGCCCUUUUCUUGACCUUCCUUGA